AUGGAGUCUACCACUCGACACACGUCUCAAAGACGAACAACACGACCUCGGUCGACGAAUCCGUCGCCAGCAACAUCGACAUAUGGAUACCAUAACACAUACCACACUCAUGCGCAACUUCCCAUUGGGUCACCGCCUUCGUAUGCCCGAGCCAUUGAUCCUCAGACCCGCCGCAUUCUCGAUGAGAGGACGAGGACAGAGAAGGAGGCAGUUCGCAGCACACAAUUACCCCCGCCAUACACCUGUACAGUUCACAUAGAGGGACUUGUUGGGGUAAAGCAAGAGCUCUCAUCACCAUUCCAAGUUUCGGGACAUCGUGAGUGGAACGAUGUUUACGCCAUACUUCGAGGCACGCAAUUGAGCAUACACCGCGUAAAGUACCCGGGACUCCUCAGCAAAAGCAAGGAGCCAUGCGCAGGACGAUUAAUACGAACCUAUUCUUUACAGCACGCUGAAGUCGGUGUGGCAUCCGAUUUCAAAAAGACGUCGCUGACACCAAAAUCCCCUUUUGCGCACUUGGUUCCCGCUGCUGCUCGGCCCAAACUGUACGAGACGGAUCCACAUCUAUUCGAGCCUGUACGAGAACAUGCCAUCCGGCUGCGCCUGGAGUUUGAGCAAUUUCUGUUGUGUCCAUCGACCGAGGAAGGCAUGCUCGACUGGGUAGAAUCGUUUUGCGCCGCCAUCGACAUCAGUUCACCCCUAGAAGACCGCAGUGAGCCCCGCUACCGAAGUCUUCCUCGCAGGGGCAGACGACAACGCAUCUUGGAAAACGCGCAGUUUGGAGAGAACCUCGAGAGCCUGACAAGUCUAGAAGCUGGUCGACGCAUCAUUGCACAACAGGAGCAGAUUAUCCGCCAGCUUUAUCCACAUCUGGCUGGGACCCGGGAACCAGGUAUCAGCCACACAGGUCCCGCGGCUGAUCUAGAACUUGACGAUUUCGACCCGGAGGAUGUCCGCUUUCCCACACGAAUUGCGAGAGAUUCGCUAGCCCGCGUUUCUUCGCACGAGUACGAGCAAGGCGACGAUGAGCGUCCUGAAAGUGGCGUCUCGUUUGAUCCCAAGUCCACGUGUGCGCCACGGCCUUCGUUUGCGCAGACCCUGCGUUACCGUCGCCGUUGCGCCCCGGUGUUGCUUGCUUCUUCUCCACGUGUCAGCGAUGUGGUUUUUGGCAAAGGCCAACGCUUCCGCAUUAGCGUCAAGGCUCACAUGCUCGUCGACUAUACCCCGCACCCACCUCGUUACGACGUACACGGCUUUGCGAAAUCUAGACGCCCUGCGAGAAUCGCAACGGAUCACAACCCUCCUACGGCCACCGCAGACAAGACUGUAUCUACGACUAUCUUGCCGGAAAGGCCCAGCUCGCCUCUUCGUGGUGUCAGCGAUGAUUCCAUCACUUCCAUCACUUUUGGCGAAGACCUUGGCCCUGUUCGCUCAAAGUCGACUAGUGAUGCUACAGGCCCGUCGGGCCCACCAUCACCGUCUGGCAUGUCGCAAACAAAAGUCGAUGCUGCGCGCCAACUAGAGACGAUGGGAAAGCGUCGACCGAGCGAGGAUAGCCGCGAGACAGGCUUGAGCGCAGGGGAUUACAAAGAUGCACUCCCCACCCUCCACAGGAAAGCCAUGUCCACCACCCCCAUCGCCUUAAUCCUCGGCUCAGGCCCCAACGUAGGCACAGCCCUAACCACGUCCCUCACAGCACUGGGCUACCGCAUCGCAACCGCCUCGCGCUCCGGCACCAACGCGCUCAACCCCGCCAACGGCACGCUCUCCCUAGCCGCCGACUUCUCAAACCCAUCCUCCAUCCCUGCCCUCUUCGCCGCCGUGACGAAAGAAUUCGGUCGUGCCCCCAACGUCGUCAUCUGGAACGCAUCUGCGUUGACGCCGCCGCCUGUGGAAGGCAACUUACUAUCUUUGCCGCAGGACCAGUUUGUUAAAGAUCUUAAUGUUAAUACGGUGAGUCCGUAUGUUGCUGCCAUGGAAGCGGUGAGAGCGUGGGAUGGAGAAGUGGGUGGUGAUGGCGAAGGAGGAAGGAGCAACAAGACGUUUAUUUACACGGGGAAUACGCUGAAUCAGACCAUCGUGCCUAUUCCAUUGUUUCUGACGCUGGGGGUGGGGAAGAGUGCGAGUGCGCAUUGGGUUGGGCUGGCGGAUACUAUGUAUCGGGAACGAGGGUAUCGUUUCUUCUAUGCGGAUCAACGAGAGCCUGAUGGUGGGCCCAUGGUCAAAGGUGUAGAUGGGCCUGCGCAUGGAGAGUUUUAUGCUUCUUUGGCGAAGCGGGAAUCGGAUGAUGUACCCUGGUUGGCUACGUUCGUCAAGGACAAGGGGUACGUCAAGUUUUAA